GUUGCCUGUUGUUGUUCUUCUUCACCUAUUUGACACAGGGAAACCUAAGCCAAUUCAAACCCAUUCUUCUCUUCCAAAGAAAGAACAACAGCUUCAAAGAAGACCGACUGCUAUACAUGCCGGAAUAUUGGAACCAGAAACCGGAAACCAUACGGAAACAUAUGGUUAUUUGGAUAGUGGGUCGGGCCAUGUUGGUCUUCACCUUCAUCUUGAGCAAUCACAGCUGCUGCCCUGCACCAAAAGAGAACAAAUAUGUCAACUUCCCUGCAGAUGACAAUGACAAUGAUGAUGAUUCUCAUGUUGAUGACAAUAUGUCGUAUGGUAAAUUGUAUCCCAUCACCCUGCAGGCUGCAGUGUCAAGUCUUUGCCGGAUCAACAGGAUCUGAUUAUGUAUCGUCAGUUAUCAGAAAAAGAGGAGUGCUUCGGUUGCUGAGCUAACAGUAGGAUAAAGUUUUGCAAUCAGUGUGAGAAAUGGAUUGCCCGCCAGGUUUCACAUUGAAGCGGAAACGAACCGAGAAAAACAGUGGUACGAGUACCAGCAAUAUGGCAGAUGGUCAGGCUUUACCUGGUGUCGGGGAAGGCCAUCUUGAUAAAGGGUUUCACUUGAAGAUCAAAGCAGGAGGGAAGGAAAGACCAAAUGUUGCUCCACCAAAUGUUGUUCCACCAAUUAUAAGGAAUGUGACGAGGAAAGACCUUGCUGUGCCAGCGGUUCAUUCUAUGCUUUAUCUCUCUGGGUCAAGGAAUAUGCCACAUCGUGACGUGAAGAAGGAAGUUCCUGCAGCUCCCGACCAAUCUGAGUCUCCUGGAAAGAAAUCUCCUUCGGCUGCUGUUCCUCCACCCGCCAAUCCUUAGAUGUUAUAGGAACUUCAGUUUUGCGAUAUGUGCCUGUAUACCAAAUUUCAGUUUCAACCUUUCAACUUUUUAAGGAUUAUAACUCCAGACGGUGAAACAGUUGCUACUGUUGGUUGUUGUUUAUCUCCACUGCUCUACAAAAUCUUGUUUCUCCUUCUGUGUUGUGCAAGUAUCAAAUGCCGGUCUGACUGUUGGUUUUCAACGGAGGCUUGUCGGAAGCCGAACUUCUCCGACGGAGAUUGCCUAACCUCGGUGAUGGUUGAGAACAAAUUUUCAGCAAUUUACAAGAUUUCUCAUUCUC